CGGCACACGGUCAUGAUGGCCCACCAGCCCGCGACCACGAGGAUUGCUCGAGAUUUUUACGUGCGUGCCCACCACGCCUCUGGUGGAGCCCACGCGUGCGUGCGCCCGGCGCGCCAGGCCUCCGUGCUUUUGCUCUCGCACGCCGCAGCGAGCCAGCCAGCGGCACGCCCGUCCGGAUCCCUCCGCCCCCCGCGCCGCGGUUCCAUGGCCUGGUGCGCCCUGCGCCGCCGCGUCCACCCGCUUCCGGCAUCCGCCGCCGCCGCCGCGCCCCACGGCUUCCUCCUGCGCUUCCUCCUCUCCACCGCGGCCCCGCGCCACGCUCACCACCACCAACGGCGCCGCCGCGUCGCCCCCACGGCCUACACCGCCGCCGCGGCUGAGGCGCCGCUCCCCAUGACGCCGCGCUUCGGCCGGGCCACGCGGCUUCCCGGGGGCGCCGCCUCCGUUGCGCGCGUCUACGCGGACGCCAACGGCCAGCGCCCCAAGGAAUACUGGGAUUACGAGUCGCUCGACAUCCAGUGGGGGGAGCAGGAUGGGUACGAGGUGCUGCGGAAGGUGGGGAAGGGAAAGUACAGCGAGGUGUUUGAAGGUUUCCGGCCUGGGAGCGAUGAGAGGUGCAUCAUUAAGAUCCUCAAGCCCGUGAAGAAGAAGAAGAUAAAGAGGGAAAUAAAAAUACUUCAGAACUUAUAUGGAGGACCAAAUAUUGUAAAGCUGCUUGAUGUUGUCAGAGAUGAGGAAUCAAAGACGCCUAGUCUGAUCUUCGAAUAUGUCAAUAACACUGACUUCGAAGUGCUCUACCCUGCGCUAUCUGAUUAUGAUAUCAGAUAUUAUAUUUUUGAAUUAUUAAAGGCACUAGAUUAUUGUCAUUCACGGGGUAUCAUGCACCGAGAUGUCAAACCUCACAAUAUCAUGAUUGACCAUGAAAAACGCCAGCUUCGUCUAAUCGAUUGGGGUCUUGCAGAGUUCUACCAUCCCAAGAUGGAAUAUAAUGCUAGAGUUGCUUCAAGAUGCUACAAGGGUCCUGAACUUCUUGUGGAUUUGUUAGAUUAUGAUUACUCAUUGGAUUUGUGGAGCCUUGGUUGCAUGUUUGCAGCAAUGAUAUUCCGAGUGGACCCGUUCUUUAGUGGCCAGGGUAAUUAUGACCAGUUAGUUAAAAUAACUGAGGUUCUUGGCACAGAAGAUUUCUACGAGUACCUUGACAAAUAUUGUCUCCAGCUUGCCCCACAGCUGGAAAGACUCAUUGGAAGACAUAAUAGGAAACCAUGGGUAAAGUUUGUCAACGCUAGGAACAGACACCUAGUUAGCCCCGAGGCUAUUGAUUUGAUUGAUAAGCUACUCCGGUACGAUCACCAGGAAAGGCCUACAGCAAAGGAAACCAUGGCUCAUCCAUAUUUCAAUCCGGUAAGAAGCUCUGAGAGCAGCAGGUCAAAUUCUCAAUAGCAACAAGAUGUGCAAAGGUGCAUGUGAACGACCCUCUAGCUGAAUUGGUUAGAUGGGCUCAAGUAGCACCCCCCUUACAUAGGGGAGUGGAUUUCAGGCUGGGGGCUACAAAAAUCCCCGCACCUGCCUCCGCACCAAAGCACAUGGAAGGUCCGGCCUGCUCUCGAGUCUCGACCCGCUCUCACACGGGAAACAGCACGGGCAACAGUAUCCCUAUGUAAGGGUGGGGAAGGGGUUUGGGGAUUUUCUCAGGAAUACCUUCUUGUUCUAAUGCUCGGAGGGCAGCUUGCCACAGACUGGGUAUUUUUUUUCCUUUCUGCAAAGGUGCACCUUUACUUUUCAUGUGGCUCAACACUGUCAUGCAAGGCAAACGGCAUGUUUUGACAAUUCUUUUAAACUUGUGCGAAAGAUGUAGAGAAAUACUUUUAAGGCAGGUGCAUGGUCUCCGCAUAGCGGCAUGUAAGUGUCACAAUUUGUGUGAGUUUAUUCUUUAACUCUGCUGACUGUUCUCCUGCGAAUAAUUUAUAUCACCAGUGGGCUUGUAUACCGCAUCACUUGGAGAGAAAAUCCGGGUCAUUUGCU